UCCUGGAAUACAAGUUUUCAAUCAGGUUCUCUAUACAUACGAUACAACGCGGUGUGUAUGCGCAACACUUCAUUCUGUACGGAAGACGGGUAAGAGAGGAGGAAAUGGUUGCUACAGAUUUUGACCACUUUUUAGAACACAGAUGUUCUUGUGAGCGCCAAUUCUUUUUCUUCGCUGAAGUAAAAGCAGCUUCCAGUAACACAAAGACCGUUACCCACCGACGGGGGAGUUACAGUCCUUGAAGUCUGCACCGACAAGGACUCUUUGAUUUGGACGUCAGAGAUGUCUUAUAGAGAUGUUCUUGUGUUGUUGCUCUUGAUACAAGAUCUUGAUUUGGGCCAUACAGAGGUGGGAACGCGAAUCUCUCGUACUUGUGAGUACAGAGACAUCUAUUCUACUCAUUAUAUCUUGGUGUGGGAAGUGCAGACGGCGAGAGUAAGGAGAACAGUAGCAACAUGUCUGGCAUAUCCAGAACCUUUCAUCUGUUCUGUGUCCUCGGGGUUUUCCUCCUUGUUCUCCGUGACGACAAAAGAGACGCAGACUACACUCGCAUGGAACGCUGACACAAGGUUUUUCUCUUUGAGAUGCGUGCAGGGAAAAGAAAUAGCGAAUUGGACUCUUGUUACUUAUUCAAAACCGACAGACCUCACGUGCAGGAGUCCAGAGUUUACAGAUAACAGCAACACAGUGUCUGUGACGUGUGUGUCCAGUGUCAUCUUUCCUGAAGACCCACGAUGUGUACUGUACAUACAGACUGCCGUUGUAAGUGUUGGGAACCCUGGUUUUUGCUAG